AUGGCCGCGAGUGACGUCCUGGUAGCUCUGGCCCGCUCCCACUUCCACUUUGUCAUGUCGGAGCUCCAGAGCCACCUGAAGGCCAUGAGGAAGGUCCCUGAUGAGAUUGUGCUCCUCACCUUGGGCAAAAUGGCCCGCAGAUAUGCCCUGCGGUGCAUCCCCUUUGUGGGAAUGACGCUGCUCGCCCUGCGCGCCGUGCUGACCCAGGUGGGGAGCGGCGAGGUCCUGCAUGCCGUCUGCAGUGUUCUGGAGCAAUGGUCGAAAGGAGUCCAUACAUACUUGUGCAGCUGGGAGCAAUGCCCCUUCCCUCGCAAGGGGGUGGCACAGUUCUGUGAAGCCAUUUACCCGGUCUUCCGCUAUGUGGUGGCAAAUUGGCUGGACUGCAAGGAGGAAGAGGACAAGCAGGCUGUCCUCGGGGCAGUGGCUGCCAUGCUGGGGGUCCUUCUGCAUGAGGAGCAGCACCGAGAGCAUACCUGGGAGCAGCUCCUCUGGCUCCUGCAGCAAUACAAGGAGGUCCGAGACACCUCCCGGGUCACCAAGAGCCUCAGCUAUGUCCUGGAGAUACUGGUGGGAGUUCAGACCCCAAUCCCGCAGAGCACGGCUCUUGCCAUCAGCACCGCUGUGCACCGCCAGCUCUCUGAUGUGACCGAGGAGCCUGGCCUGGCCCAGAAGGCAGUGCUGUCCCGCUGCAUCAUGCUGCAGGCACGAAUGCGCCCCGAGGAGACAGGCAUGUUUCUGCACUCCCAGCUGAGCGGUGGGAGUGAGGCCGGUCGCGUGGCAGCCCUGGGCCUGCUGGGAGUGCUGGCCCACUCUGACGGACGUGCGGCGAGAGGGAAGCUGCCCCAGGUGGUGGAGGCCAUGUGCUCGUUGUGCAGUGACCCCAGUGCCCAGGUGCGGAGGGCAGUUCUGGAGUUCAGCAGGGAGCUGCUCAGCUCCGGAUCCCAGAGCUGCUGGCCAUGGGAUGUGGUGGGGCACAUCUUCAGCGAGUUCAGCCGGACCUCGGGCAGACUGGUGGCAGGAGGCCUUUUUGCCUGGGAAAACCCAGAGGAUAAAGCAAUUCGAGCCCUGUGCAUGGACAUCCUGGGCUCCCUGGACGUCACUCUGAGAGGGAUGACCAAACUCCUGUGGCCGAGGCUGCUGCAGUACGUGGUGCCAGCCCAGUACAGCGGCAUGCUGAUCCCGCUCUCCCGCUGUCUCCGAGCCCUGGUUGAGAGACGGGAGAGAGCGGGGUGCGAGGAGGAGGAGGAGGAGCCGGAUGCCAUGGACUCCCAGGAGCAAGCCCGGCUGCCGGCUCCCCAGGCCCUGCUGGCUCGACUGCUGGUGGUGGCGGCAGCUCCUUACCCGAGCCGCGAACGCGCAGUCGCUGCCUUGCAGCUGCUGCAGGCCCUCCACGGCAGGAUCCACAGAGGCUUGGGGGUGGCGUGGGCGACCGAGAUCCCCCUCCUGCUGCAGUACCUGGAAGGCAGAACUGAGAGCUCCCUGGCCUCUGCAGAGUGGGAGCGCCGUGUGCUUAAGUUUCUGCGAGCGUCGCUGGAGCCCGUCGAGGACGAGGCCUGGACCGUAGGCCUGAGCCAGGAGCUGAGCCAGCGGCUGGGCAGCUCUGCUGCCGGCUCCUGGGAGAAGCUUUUCCUGUACAAGGCUCUUGGGACGGUGCUGGCAGCUUGUCAGGACCUCAGACACGUCCAAGGGCAGGUGCUGAGGUUCCUGCGGGACACAAACCCUGUGGAGCUGUCUGAGGCCAAGGGAAUGAUUUCUGUUGUGUCCCACGCUGCCGAGAGCCACUUCCACCUGGUCCUGGGCACGGUGACUAUGUUCUCUGCCGCUUUCACCAGAAACUGGUCCUACCAGGCUUCCACGGGCUGGAAGGUACAGCGGCGGCAGAAGAUGGAGAGAACCCAGACCAUUCGUGCUGCUCUCAUGCGCACCUACGGCGGCAUCGCACUGCACGCCCCCAAGGAGCAGCUGCUCACCUGUGUGGAUAAAGACAUCAUGGGCAACAUCCUGAGGCUGUCCAGAGAUAAACAGAGGGUAGGAGCACAGGGCGCACCUCCCAAGGAGGGGUUUGUCCUCAACGUCCAGAUGCAAGCCCUCCGUGGGUUCCCCCUGCCCAUGCUCCUCUUCCACCUCUCAGCCCUUCAAAGAGUUCAAGGGGUGCUUUGCUCUCUUUGGCCUCAGGACUUGCAGCUCAAGCUCGCCCUGGUGCAGAGCAUCGCCGAGGUCAGUUGUGCCAUCCAGGCUGUGGGCGACUGCGGCAGCUUUGAGCUCUCCUUAAAGCAGGAGGCGACGCGGACCCUGCUGGCCUGGAUAAAGAGGGAGCCCUGGGACUCGCUGGUGUAUGGAGUGUUUCAGGCCCUGGAGGAGUUGAGCAAGCUGAGGCCGCCUCUGAGCGGGAAGGAAAAUCGCAACCUGCUGGCAGUGUGCUGCCAGAGUGUUUUGUCCCAUCCUUCCGAGGAGCGGAUGAAAAAGGGAAGGAAGAGUGUGAGGGCAGCUGUGAACAUGGAGCUUCUGCACAGGAGAGGCAUGGAAGAUCUGGGCCACCUCAUAGAAACCCUUCUGGAGGCUGAGGCGACCUCUGCCUGCUUUGACGACGUGGUCCACGUGAGUAGCCACGGGGCAACAGGGAAAGCGUUGCCAGGGCAGAGAAUCGAGACCUUAGUGGGUGAUAGGAGGUGGAUACCUUUCCCACAGACAAAUGGGGCUUUGGCUCCUUGCUCUGGGGCUGUGCAUCCGGCCGGGGCUGGGGGACAGGAGCGCCCGGCCACUGCAGCCUCAGGACAGGCAGCGAAGUGGGCCCUGAUGGAGGGAAAGCCAAGAGCCAGCCCUGAGCUGGGCGAGAGCAGCCCUGGGGGGAAGGCCAGAGCGGGGAGACGCCAGCAGGGCAGGAUGCGCCAGGAAGGGGCCAGAGAAGAAGGGAGAGGGAGAGGGAUCUCGGGGAGAGAAAGAUUCCCGUUGCGAGAGAGAUGCACCCUGCCCCAGGUCCUGAAGGGCUGGCUCACCUCAGCCAAAGAAUGGGAGCGGGAGAGAGCCCUGCAGGUUUUCACCCACGUGCUGGGCGCUUGCAAGGAGCGAUGCGAGCUCAUGAGAGGAUGUCCCUACAAGCACUUCGGCUCCCUGGUGGGACUGCUGGGGUCUCUGACCAGCGACUGCCUGGCCACGUGCCGCCAGAGGGCAUGGGUCUGCCUUGGCUACCUUCUCCAAAUGCAAGCCAAGAGAAUGAAGGUGCCGCAGACAGAUGAGAUCUGGUGCCUUUGUGAGGAGCUGAACAGCCCGCACACCGAGACUUCGGCAGAGACCUGCACCGAAAUAACAAAGAGCGAGCUGUCCAGGACAGCUGUUGUUAGCAAGUAA